AAUUUCUCAGCGACUGUUGAAGCCGAGAGCUACGACUUCGACUUUCUUCUUCCCGAGUCGUCGUCUUCUCAACGCCUCGAUCAGACGACCGUCGUCACCCUCCGUAAUUCUUCUCUCCUGGUCUACGGUGUCAUUCUGCCAUUGAUUGGCACUAUCACCGUCCAAAAUGUCAUCAAGAUGCUCUUGCACAGCAGCAUCUAAGCUGCCUACCCUGGCCGUCGCCCGAGCCCAGCCAUCACCCAUCGGUUUCUUCCCCCGACCUUUCUCAACCACGGCCACAGUUCAUACGCGACCAUCUCGAUUCUCCUCUUCGCCGUCCUCGUCAUCAUCAUCAUCAUCUUCUUCGUCCUCCUCCUCCUCCUCCUCCUCCUCCAUCCCGAUCGCCCAGAACCAAUACCCGCCAGAAUCCCCCCACUGGCUCCCCGUCCCCAAGGCCCGCCAAUCCCAAGCCUCCGAGGUCAAACCCGCCCGCGUAAAGGGCGUCCUCCCCACGCCGCGCCCCAUCUUCACCGACCGCCGCGAGGUCGACCGCCGCGUGCAACCAGGCUACCUGGCCAAGACCGCCCCCCUCCCGACCAGCGAGUCCGCCACGCGUCCCGUCCGCCCCGGCUCCGUCCUCGACGUGCGCCGCCGCCUCGCCGCCUCGCGCCGCGAGAACCUGGCCGCAGGUCUCCAAGGGCUCUGGCGCCGCCGCACCGAGCACCAGUCCCGCCUCCGCGCCGCCUCCGCCACCCGCAACGAAACCAACCGCCUCCGCGCCCUCGCCCCGGAACGCGAAGACGACCUCCUCACCCGCUCCUCCGUCCUCCUCCGCCCCACCGCCGAGCAUACCGCCGUGCUGCCCGACCCGGACCGCUUCGACCGCGCCGCCGCCUCGCGCGCCCGCACCGCCGAGCUCGCCCGCCGCCGCGCCGAGGCCCGCCGCGACGCCCUCACCGCCCUGUACAUGAGCGCCGGCGACUUCAUCGUCGAGGAGGACCACCUGGCCGCCGAGAUCGACCGUGUCUUCGCCCCGGACUACUUCACCAAGCAGGCCAAGUCCUACGCCACCGACGCCUCCAGCGCCUGGGAUGUCUGGGGCGCCCCGCCUACCCUCUCCCGCCUCGUUGCCGCCAGCGCCCGCCCCGGCCAGGAGUUCGACUCGGUGGACCACGACCGGACCGUCAAGAGGCAGAAGACCAUUGCUGAGGAUCUCACUGGUGGCAAGAUGGAUUAAGGAGCGGGAUCCGCGAAUGGAACGGGGCUAGUUAUUUCUUGAGAAGAACAAGGCGCCUUGGCUUUAAAACCCGAUAUUCUUUUUUGGCACCGCGUGGCGCAUGGUCGUAUGCUCCAUAUCCGGUCAACAACGACAAUCAAAUCGACAAACCGCCAUACCCCUUCCGACUUUUGUAUCAUAGAUAUUCUGUAACUUAUUUAUAUGUAUGAAGCCUUCUAAGUAUGGCUGGUUAAAAAAAAAAAUCUUGUACUCCAGAACAAAUAUAAAACUUGAAUCUGCCCC